AUGCCGAUAGACAAUUGGCUUAUUCUAGCAUUAAUUAUGAUUUUUUCGUCAAUCAUAUUCUGUGCGCUUUUCCCAAUGACUAUUCGUCUGCUGCUUGCACGUCGACGAUAUCGUCGCUAUCGUCUUGAAUUGCAAGAAAUUGCUUGGUCAACUCCCGAUGCAAUCAUCAAUCUACAGUCAAUUUAUCGCAGUAUUCAUCCUCUAACCGAUGAAAAUCUUCAGUUUCAUGAACAUUCGAUCUUGUAUUCUCAAUUGCCGUUCAUUGACGAUUUAACGAAAGACGAUGAUACAUCUGUUUGA